AAGUCACUUUCCAAAGUAGUUGGUAAUUGUUACGGUAGUUAGCAGCGAACUAAGCUAACAAGGCUAGCACCGCCGGUCGGGCUCUGAGGACCAAUAGUAAUUUAGUGUUUUCCGUCGAGCCCCACCCGUGCUGCAUUUCUAUUGGCCGGAGCCGGCUGGAGUCAUGUGUCGUCACUGCGCUCGAGGCCCGUGAUUGGCCAGGCGAGCUUGUCACUCGUCUUUUCACCACUUGUUGCCAGGGAGAUUGUUUGAUGCCACUAGAUAAAAUGACAGUCGAGCCAACUUGUCACUUUUCGGGGGUGGUAAAAAGAAAAGAAAAAAAAAAAAAGGAAAGCGAUGCAAGUCGACUCGCUAAUGUGUCGACGACGCGUAUCGAUGCCAGCAUGGCGACUGUGCCGCGGCCGGGCUCCAGAAGCACAAGUUAGCCUCGGAGGAGCUAGAGGCGGAAGAGGAGGAGGAGGGAGGGACCCUGCCCCGCCACCUUACGUUGUCGUUGGUGCGUGUGCUGUAGCCAGCGACUUCUCCCGACUCCCUCAUUCACCUUCAGCAGCACCCACCAGAAGUAGUUGUCCCUGUCCAAGGGUGGGGUGGUGGUGGUGGUGUCUGCUGCUGAGACUGAGUGUGCUCCAUCAUCAGCUCCAUCAUCAGCUCUGACCUGCUGAAUUUCACCAAGAAUGAAAGAGGCACAGCGAGCCGACAUCACUUCUCUAGUCUUGGGGAGGAUGGAGUGGCUGCAGUGGGGCUAGCUAGUCCAGAUUUUAUUUUUAUCAACAUGUGUGUAAUACAAAUGUAGGAAGGAAUUGGAAGAUGACACCCUUAUGAAGAACAAAGCUCUGAGCACAAACUGGACUCUGGCAGAAGUGGAAACCCAAUCUUGGACCGUAUAUGUAUUUUAAAACCUACAGACCCUAAGACCCUGCCCCCCACCUCACUAUUUUUAUCCACUUUUCAAUGUGCAUGCUUCCACCUCCCAUCUUCUAGUACUAGUACGGAAGUAUUAAUCCAAAGGAGCUGGCCCCGUUUUUGUUUUUAGUUUUUACUUUCACCUUUUGUUCCUUUGUAAAGAAAUGCUUUACCUGAAAAAGUACUUCACAGAGGGCCUGAUUCAGUUCACCAUCCUUCUGAGUCUCAUUGGGGUGCGGGUGGACGUCGACACCUAUCUGAGCAAUCAGCUGCCCCCACUGCGAGAGAUCAUCCUGGGCCCGAGCUCGGCCUACACCCAGACCCAGUUUCACAACCUGCGCAACACGCUGGACGGCUAUGGCAUCCAUCCAAAGAGUGUGGACCUGGACCAUUUCUUCACCACUCGGCGGCUGCUGAACCAGGUGCGCCAGCUGGAUCGCCUCUCCGUGCCCAGUACCGAGCUCAGCGCCUGGCUAGUUCACCGGGACUCGGAGACUGUGGUGUCCGCCAGCAGCCAGUCUAGCGCCAGCAUCGCCCUGGACAAUGGGGCCGGCCUAGAGGACGUUGACGACCCCGACGCCACCCCGGCCAUGAGGGGAGGAAGCGGAGCACCUGAAUCCACGUACAACCUGAACACAGCGGACAGCAGCCUGGGAGCCGUGGCCCCGGAGGGCACCCAGGAGCAGGGGAGCCGGGACGGCAAUGACGACCUCACCAAAGAGGACAUUGACUUGAUUGACAUCCUGUGGCGACAGGACAUCGACCUUGGCGCAGGGAGAGAGGUGUUCAACUACAGCAACCGUCAGAAGGAGAGCGAGGAGGAGAAGCCCAGCCCGCCGGAGAGCAAGGACACGGACGAGGAGCAGGAGAGCUGGAGGAACGGAGUGAACCUACAAGAGGCCCAGCCGGUGGACGGGGAGACCGGAGAGAGUAUUCCAGAGCAGCUCCCAGGGCUUGGCUCGCAGACUUCGCUGUCUCUACAGGAAUGUUUGAGGCUGUUGGAGGCCACGUUCCCUUUUGGAGAAGAAUCUGAGUUCCCAGCCCCGGUUGUCGCCCCAGAAAUAGCGGCGUCCACUGAUGAAGUUCCUUCCACGUCUCAGGCCGUCCCUCUGGCUCCACAGCUGCCGCCCGCAGAGCCUCAGUUAGACCUUGAGCAGCAGUGGCAAGACAUCAUGGCCAUCAUGGAGCUACAAGCGAUGGAAGUGAACAACACCAACUCCAGCAGUGUCAGUGGAACAAGUGGGACGCCCGAGACCAACGCGGAGGGAAGCUUUGGACCUGCCACUCGCCCGACGCCGAUAAACCAGGACGUCAGCCUUCACCAGGCCUCCCUCCCCAGCUGCAGCCAAGACUUCCCCCCGAUCUUCGGCCCCCAGUUGGACUCCGUCAGCGUCGCCCCGAGAACCGCCACGCCAAGACUUUCCUCCAGCAACUCCACCAACGUCAACUCCACGUUCGGAGCAACUAACCUGACCGGGAUCUUCCUCCCACCGCACAUAAACAGCAGCUCUAGUAACAACAUUACUUCCACACCGAUCCUGCCUGAUCCAUUCAGCACCCUGCUGGAGGAGUCCAUGCUGGACGAGAUCAGCCUGCUGGACCUUGCCAUGGAGGAGGGCUUCAGCCAGGCCCAGGCGUCCCAGCUGGAGGACGAGCUCGACUCGGAUUCUGGUCUGUCCCUGGACUCCAGCCACAGCCCGGCCUCGCCGAGCAGCUCCGAGACAUCCUGCUCCUCGGCAGCGUCUUCCUCCUCGACGUCUGCCACCUUCUCGGAGGAAGGCGCCGUGGGCUACAGCACUGACUCCGAGGUGGCCACUGUGGAGACGGAGGAAGGUGCUGUCGGCGGUUACCAGCCCGAGUACAGUAAGCUCUGCCGUAUGAGCUAUCAGGACCCCUCGCAGUUCCACGGCCUCCCUCAGCUCGACAGCAUCGGCCACAACCACACUUACAACCUGCCGCUCUCCUCCGAGUUCGCCGAGCACCCGGAGCUCCCCAUAUCGUCUGUGAAGAAAACUGUCCGAGACAAAUCCAGCUCCAAGUUUCAGCCCAGCCAGGAGUUGCUCGACAAGCACGCCAGUCGCGACGAGCGCCGCGCCCGGUCCAUGAAAAUUCCCUUCUCCAACGAGAAGAUCAUCAACCUGCCCGUCGAGGAGUUCAACGAGCUCCUGGCCAAGCACCACCUGAGCGAAGGCCAGCUGGCCCUCAUCCGCGACAUCCGCCGGCGCGGCAAGAACAAGAUGGCGGCCCAGAACUGCCGCAAGCGCAAGCUGGACACCAUCAUAAACCUGGAGCAGGGCGUCCACGACCUGCGGCGCGACAAGGCCCGGCUGCUGAAGGAGAAGAUGGAGUUCAUCCGCUCCAUCCGGCAGAUGAAGCAGAAGAUGCAGAGUCUGUACCAGGAGGUGUUCACUCAGCUGCGGGACGAGGAGGGCCGGCCCUAUCCUCCCAGCGAGUACUCGCUACAGUACAGCGCCGACGGCAGCGUGCUGAUCAUGCCCCGCAGCGUGACGGCCGAGCAGAGCCGCAAGCCCGAGAAAAAACAGAAGGACAAAAAGAAGUGAGGGGGGACGGGGGGGACGGGACAAACCGCUGUUUAUUCUGUCACUUUGCUAAAAAUCAGUAGGAAAGAUUUCUGCAGAAGCAAGAGAGAGAUGUCCUUUUUUCCUUUGAGAAGAUUCUGGUGAGUAGAAAAAUGGCACUGUUGACUCUACUCUUCCUGCAUUUGUUUCUCCCUUUUUCCUUCUGUUCCUCCAGUUAUGUUAUUAUUUCCCCCCCCCCGGAAAAACUUUGAACCAGAAGUUGCUCUUCGUUUGAGUACUGAUAUUUCAUGAUUUAGACGGGGGGGUGGGGGGAAACAAUGAGCGGGGAGAGGAAAAGGACAUAAAAGGAGCUAUUAGGAAUUUUUUUGUUUUAGCUGCUCUCGAUCCUUUUUGCACCAAACCACUGAGGAACGUAGAAGAUUUGUGGGGGUGGAAGGACACGGUCGACGAGGACGGUCGGAGCACCUAUGCACUGAGGGUUUUAAAGGACUUUGACAGGUCACGUCCCACCACCCGGAGACUUUACGUGAUAUUUCAGUCACUGAAGCUUUUACGUUGCGGCGUCUGUGGUCGGGAGUUUAGAUACCAAAGGCUAAAGGAAGUCCCGUCGUGUUUAGCAUGCCUAUGGCUAACCAAAGGUUGUGUGUGGGGGCGUCUCGCUCAAAACACUGCACUCUGGAUUCUGUAGGUUCUGCAUCACCAAUUCCAGUUUUUGAGUGUGGGAGGGGGGGGGGUGCGCACGAGAGCGGCACACGAGACCCGGAAGAGAUCGGGUUUGAUGUGUGGAAGGCGGAUGUUGAGAGACGGGGAAAAGUGCUUUAAGUGUUCCCGGGUUUUUGGCCACUGCUAAAAAAAAAAGAAAAAGAAGAAGCCCUGGAGGUGAAGUCCUGCAAGAGGAGGAGACACGCUGCAUUCAGCAUAAUGUAUCGACUUCCCUUAUGAAUUAUACAUAGCACUGUAAUUUGUCUUUUAAAAGGCUUGGCUAUUAUGCAUUUUGCCGUGUCUGUCGCUGUUCCUUCCGCCGCCGCCGGGUUUAAAUGCGGGAGCUGCGUUUAGGGGAGGCAUCUCAUUAACUGUUCAUAAUCUGUAGUAUAAGCAAAAGGUUAUAGGUCAAAUCAACUUUACAUAAAAAAAAGUCUACAUCCUCUUUUGUUGAUUUGAAAGCUUUGCACAGAGCCUGUAAUCGUCAUCGUCGUCAUCAUGAAGAGUUUCGAAGAUUAUGUGACGAAUCAGGAGUCGUCACCAUGGUUUUUUAUUUUUAUUUUCCGGGACGCCCCCCGUUAUGAGCGUUAACUUGAAACCGACUCAGUCGUCGCUGUGACUUAAGCGAAAUCCCUUUUUUUGUUUUGUUAUUUAUUUGCCAAUGAAAGCCACUUUAAAAAAAAAAACAAAAAAAAACUGCUGUAAAGCCAAUUCGUUUGGCUCAAACUUCACGAGUGCUACGAUGAGUUUUUGUGUUUGACGACGCAAAGUGAGCCGAGUCGUUAUGAGGUGUCGAGGCCACUUCCUCUCACAAUCUCAUUAAUGUUCACUUUAAAGGUUCUGAGAACAAAAACGUUCUCAACGUAGAAGUGCUAUUACUCGUCUGUUUGAACGGAUGUCGUCAGUAACGUGUGUUACAUUUACAUCACAUCUCUUUAAAAGACAAAAAAUAAUAAUAAUAAUCUGAAUACACACAGGUCAGUUGUUGCAGCUGAGAUCGCGGUUAAGCUUGAAUAUUCUACAAGAGGCUGAACGGAAACUCGACGAUGUCCGAGGAACGUCUUCAUUAAAUGUGAUAUUCAGGCAUGAAACUCUGGUUAACAUUCACUCCAGUGUAACUCCAGCGCAGCACCGACUACUUAGUACUGCUACUACUUAGUGCACUUUUUCUUUUUGUCCGUCUCGUCGUGUAAAUAUUUUCAUGUCUGUUCGUCCAGAUUUUAAUGCCGUUUUUUUUUUGUCUGUCUGUCCACAAUGUCUCCACCACGGUCUCACACCCUCUCUGCUUUUGAGUUUGGAUGUAGUUUUCCUGUUUUUGAGAUAUCUGCUGGCAAUCGAGAAGUUGUUUUUAUUGAUUAAUAAAGUGUUUUUAUUUUCACCCGUGA